UAGAGAAAAAAUGAUGCACAGGUGCAGUAGCUCUCAAGGAAACAUGGUUAGACCGUGUUCAUGUGGCUUGUUCCAUGGCCAAAACAACUCCUUCUCGAUGCUGUUUUCCAUGCCGAACCACAAAUCUUACGACGUAACGGGUAACUCUUUCACGUCCUCUUCAUCUUCUUCGGUUGAUUGCACUCUCUCCUUGGGAACCCCUUCGACUCGUCUCUGUGAAGACGACGAUAGGCGUUCACGCCACGACCGCCGCUCCGGUAAUUCAUGCAUGUCGAACUUGUUGCAGAACAAGAACACGCACGGUUAUUCACAGCAAACGACGAAAGCUAGCCGUGGAAGCAACGGGAAUAGCGGUGGCAGCUCGGGCAAUGAUCCUCUCCUCGCCCGUCGUUGUGCUAACUGUGACACAACUUCUACACCGCUUUGGAGGAAUGGUCCAAGAGGUCCAAAGUCACUUUGCAAUGCCUGUGGAAUUCGAUUCAAAAAGGAAGAAAGGAGAUCAUUAGCAGCAAAUGCUCCAAUGGUGGAACAGCAAUAUCACGGACACAACAACGAUUCAUGGGCUUCAAUGCAAUGUUUCUCAUCGACGGUAAAUGAAAUCAAGUUCAUCGAAGAUGGCGAUCCCUUCCUUUCUUGGAGACUCAACAUCACUGAUAGGCCAACAAGCUUUGUUCAUGACUUUACAAGAUGAAAAAAAGAAAAGGAAAGAAAAUUCUCCUCGCCAUUGACGGUCAAGAUCAUGUAACAAUGACCUAAAGGUAUCACAAUGUCGAUGUUGAUGGUGAUUUUGUUUUACGAUGGGGAGAGUGAGAUAUGGUCUUCGUUUCGACUAAUCAAAAUUCUAUUUUCUUUCUUUUAGUUUGUUUGCUUUGUU